UUGACAUUGAACUAGCACCGGCGACUAAUUGAAGUCACUACAAACAAGUCUACAGUGCAAUGAACAGUCUCAUAGAUAUCAGAGAAUAUUUUGCAUUUUACGAAAGCGUUUGACAGAAAAUAGUGUUGAUAAAAACCUUAAAUUUAUUCUAAUUUAAAAUUUGUUUGUAAAUCGUAAAGUAGUCAUUUAUUUAAAUUUGAUUUAAUAUACACCUAGAUUUGUAUUGAAUAACUUAAUUUUGAAUAUUUUUAAUGCUAAAGUGUGGGUUGCCCCAAGGAUCAAUUUUAGAGCCAAAUAUAUUUUUAAUUUCAUUAAUGUAUUUAUAUAAUGUUAGUAAAAAUGUUUGUCGUUAAAGUGAUUGCAUUAUUAGUUUUAAUAAUAGUAAAUGUAUGUGAGCUUAGCAAAGAAGUGGUUAGAGUAGUGGAUCAGAGACAGAGGGCUCAUUUUAUUCAAAGAUUAAUGAAUAGAAGAAUGAAACAUGAAGGAAAAAUUAAACUUAUUGGAGGUCCUACUAUGUACGAAGGGAAUGUCUACAUCUACCACGCUGGUCGCUGGGGCGCUGUGUGUGACGACUCCUGGGACGACACGGAUGCCCAGGUGGUCUGCAGAUAUUUCAAUAGAACUGGCAUUGCGACCCGUGGCGGAGAGUAUGGAGUUGCAAAGACAAAAUUCUGGAUGGAUGAUGUAGUUUGUCAGGGCGAUGAGAAGUACCUCUUCGAGUGUAUAUUCAGCGGUUGGGGUUCCUCUGACUGUUCAGCCACUGAGGCAGCAGGAGUCAACUGUAACAAACGACCAUCCAAAUAUGAACAAAAGGAUCAUUUCGAGCACAAACUAAUGUUGAAAAAACAAAAUGUCCCUUUAAAACUUGUCGGAACAAUUUUGAGAUUAGUGCCAUCGCGUAACUAUGUCUCAAAUAGGAAUGCGAGGAGUCACAGCAGAGGAAGAGUUGAAUUGUUCUACAACAAAACAUGGGGCAGUAUAUGUCCAGAUGGCUGGACUCUGUACGAAGCGAUGGUGGUCUGCCGUCACCUGGGCCUGGGUUACGCCCUGGAGGCCAUGCACACUGACUAUUUCGGCAGCUCCCCUAUAAUGCUUACCAACGUCAAGUGCCAGGGCAAUGAGAGCAACAUCUUUGAGUGCAAAGUGAAAUAUGGCGAGUCUGAUUGUCCAGGAGAUGUUGGUCACGUGGCCGCAAUAUCCUGUACAGAACAGUUGGCAGAUUUGCAGCUGGACACGAAUGCCCUGGAGAUAUCAGCUCACUUGGAAGACGUACCCAUGUACAUGCUUCAGUGUGCGAUGGAAGAAAACUGUUUGAGCAAGAGUGCUUACAAGGUGCAAGACGUGAACCCUGACUGGCACUUCGAUACACGAAGAUUACUUCGUUUCACAGCGUCCACUUUGAACAAGGGGACAGAUGAAUUCAGGCCUUAUCUGCCGAAACAUAUGUGGCAGUGGCACCUUUGCCAUAUGCAUUACCACAGCAUGGAAGUGUUCGCCACGUUUGACAUUCUAGAUGGGAAAGGUAGAAGGGUCGCUGAAGGUCACAAAGCGUCAUUCUGUUUGGAGGACAACACCUGUCUACCUGGAGUCGAGAGAAAGUUCUCCUGCAAGAAUUACGGAGACCAAGGUAUCUCCGUCAACUGCUCGGAUGUGUAUCUGUACAACAUAGAUUGUCAGUGGGUUGACGUCAGUGAUGUCGAACCGGGGGAUUAUACUUUUAAAGUGGCUGUGAACCCCCACGCAAAGAUAGCAGAGCAAUCUUUCCACAAUAACGCAGCUAUAUGCCAGCUCAGGCUUACUGGCACAUACGCCAGAGUCUACGGUUGUGUGCUGACCAGACCUUGAACAUGGUAAUCAGUCUUCAUAAUAGAUACCACAAAUUAUAAAUAUAUUUAAAAUAUUGUAACGAAAGCAAUAAAUUGAAUUUGCCGUCGAUUGCCAUAGUAAAAUGCUGAUGAAAAAAGUAUGUUUUUUUUUUCAAAUGCUGACUUACGAUCCUAUUUAUUAUAAUAAAUGCGAAAUUUUGUAU